UCAGCAUGUGGGUGCUAAGAUUUAGCAUAACAUACUUCUGCAUUCUAAAUGUUUUUGGUGAAGACUGCAUUGACCCGAGCUGUUAUGAGACGUCUGUGGAAUAUAACACUCUAUCUCAGGUUGAGAAAACAUUCUAUUUUGUAGCAUCCUACCAAGAAUGUUCCUGUCAGUGCGCUGACAUUAGUGGUUGCACUGCGUUUACAUGGAGAAAAGAAUUUAUUUAUAUCAGUUGUCACUGUAUAACAGAAAGUAAUCCAAAAAGCCAAAAGAACAGAUACAGCACGUCGGGUGUUUAUAAUUGUAAAAUCAAUGCAACAAGCAGUUCAACAACAACAUCGAUGUAUACUUUCAGUUCAACAGAAACAGUGGACACUAAAAGUCCAAUUCAACCCACAACACCAGAUGUUAAAAGCCCAAAUGAAAUCACAACUACCACACAAAGCCAAAGCCCAAAUGAACCCAUAACACCAGAUUCAACAAGUAGUCCAAAUGAACCCAUAACACCAGAUUCAACAAGUAGUCCAAAUAAUUGGAAGCCAUUUUUUAUCAUUUAA